CUGCCAUGUAGUAAGGUCUGCUCAAAUUCAUUCUUUCGUCUUUAAAUCGACAUUGUGCUACAAAGGUGAAUUCAUUUUUUAAAGGACAGCGAAUACGUUAGACAAAAUCAAGAAUAAUUGUAAAAAGACGGAUCUGAUGCAUAUAAGACGGACGAGAUGCUUUAAUGGAUGACCCAACUGAAGUAAAGAAUCAAAUUGUAGAAUUGUUUAUCCAAACUUGAGUAGAUAUAAAUCGAAAUGAAAGUCAUAAGCAUGACACUUUGCUGAAUGCCACAGCUAAUGGGAAUAAUAAAAUAAUUAAAUUGAUUUCUCAAAAUGGAAUAGAUUUUUAUCAAAGUGAAAAAGGCAGAUGUGAUGCGUUGAUAUUUGCCUCACGUCAUGGACAUGAUAAAACUGUUGAAUUGAUUAUCAAACGCGGAGUAGAUCUUAAUAUAACUGACAAGAACGGACGCAGUGCUUUGAUGAACGCUUCAAGUUAUGGGCAUAAAAAAUUGUUGAAUUGUUUAUCAAAAGCGGAGCAGAUAUUCACCGCACUGAAAAAGAAGGAUGUAAUGCAUUGAUAAUUGCUUCAAAACAUGGAAACCGUAAAAUUGUGGAACUGCUUAUAAAAAACGGAGUAGAUAUAAAUCAUACUGAUAAAUAUGGCUGGAAUGCAUUGACGGAAGCCUCAAAAAAUGGACAUUAUAAAAUUGUAGAAUUGCUUAUAAAAACGGGAACAGAUAUUAAUAGAAUUGACAACGGCGGUCGCAAUGCUUCAAUGAAUGCCUCAUCUAAAGGAAAUGAGAAAAUUGUUGAAUUGCUUAUGCAAAACAGAGCCGAUAUUAAUAGAACUGCAAAAGAUGGCACAAAUGCAUUAAUGCGUUCCUCAAGAAAUGGACAUGCUAAAAUAGUUGAAGUAGGCCUACUUAUCAAAAGUGGAGCAGAUGUUAGUAUUAUUGAAAAUUCGGUCGCGAUGCGUUAAUGGAUGCCAUAGCUAAAGGACAUUAUAAAAUAGUAAAGUUGCUUAUCAAAAGCGGAGCGGAUAUUCAUCAAAUUGACAAAGAUGGAUGCGAUGCAUUGCUAUUUGCCUCACGUCAAGUAAAUGAUAAAAUUGUGAAUUGUUUAUCAAAAGCGGCGCAGAUAUUCUUCGCACAGACAAAGAAGGAUGUAAUGCAUUUAUAAUUUCUUCAAGUAAAGGUCGUAGUAAAAUUGUCGAAUCGCUUAUAAAAAGAAGAACUGAUAUAAACAAAAUGGACAAUGAUGGACUAAGUGCAUUGAUGCAUGCCUCAAGAAAUGGACAUGACACAAUUGUGGAAUUACUUAUCGAAAGCGGACCACAUAUUCACCAAACUGACAAAGACGAAUGUAACGCAUUGAUAUAUGCUUCAAGUACAGGAAGUGGUAAAAUCGUGGAGUUGCUUAUCAAAAGCGGAGCAGAUAUUAAAGCAAUAGACAAAGGCGGAUUGGAUGCACUAAUGCAUGCAACAAAUAAUGGACAUGAAACAAUUCUUGAAAUACUUUUCAAAAGCGGAGCAGAUGUUCAUCACACUGACAAAGACGGAUGUAGUGCAUUGAUAUUAGCUUCACGUAAUCGACACAAUACAGUUUUGGAAUUGCUUAUAAAAAACGGAGAAGAUAUUGACAUGCUUGACAAUAAAGGACUAGAUGCAAUAAUGCAUGCCACAAAAAAUGGACAUGAUGAAAUUGUGGAAAUUCUUAUCGAAAGCGGAUCAGAUAUUCACCACACUGACAAAGAUGGAUGUAAUGCAUUGAUAUUUGCUUCACGUAAUGGACAUGAUAAAAUAUUUGAAAUGUUAAUAAAAAACGGGGCGGAUAUAAAUCAUAGUGACACAUAUGGCAGGAGUGCAUUGAUGAAAGGCUCAAGAAAAGGACAUAAUAGAAUCGUGGAAUUGCUUUUCAAAAGUGAAGUAGCUAUAAACCAAGCUGACAUAGAAGGAUGUAAUGCAUUGAUAUUUGCCUCAAGAAAAGGACGUGGUAAAAUUGUGGGAUUGCUAAUAAAAAGAGGAGCUGAUAUAAAUCUUACUGACAAAUACGGAUGUGAUGCCUUAAUACAUGCCUCAAAAAAUGGACAUGAUAAAAUAGUGGAACUACUUAUCAAAAGCGGAGCAGAUAUUAAUAGAAUUGAUAAACGGGGUAUGAAUGCUUUAAUUGAUGCAUCAGAUAAAGGACAUUAUAAAAUUGUGGAGUUUCUUAUGUUAAAUGGGGCCGAUAUUAAUAGAGCUGCAAAUUAUGGCAUGGGUGCAUUGAUGCAUGCCUCAAAAAAUGGACAUGAUAAAAUUGUGGAAUUACUUAUCAAAAGCGGAGCAGAUAUAAAUCAUGUUGAUAUGUACGGCACUAAUGCAGUGAUAGUUGCUUCAAAAUAUGGGCAUGAUAAAAUUGUAGAAUUGUUUUUGAAAAACGGAGCAGAUAAUAAUAAAUUUGACAAAAGCGGUUGUGAUGCUUUAAUGGAUGCCCCAGCUAAAGGACACGUUAAAAUUAUCAAAAGCGGAGCAGAUAUUAGUAAAAUUGACAACACCGGUCGAGACGCAUUAAUGUACGCUUUAGCUAAAGGACAUGAUAACAUUGUUGAAUUACUAAUGAAAAACGGAGCAGAUAUUAAUAUAAAUGACAAAGGCUAUAACGAUAUUUUAAUAAAUGCCUUAGAUAAAGGACAUGUUACAAUUGUGGAAUUGCUUAUAAAACGUAGAGUUGAUUUUAAUUUAACUGAUAAAGACGGACGUAGUGCUUUGAUGGCUGCCUCAGGUAAUGGACUUACAACAAUUGUUGAAUUGCUUAUCAAAUGCGGAGCAGAUAUAAAUCAAACUGACAAAAAUGGCAUGAAUGCAUUGUUUUAUGCCUUAGAAAAAGGACAAGAUACAAUAAUAGAAAUACUUGUAGAAAAUGGAGCAGACAUCAAUAGUGUUGAUUUAUUUGGUGUAAGCGCAUUAAUGGAAGCAUGUAUGAAAGGACUCGCAAAUACUGCGUUGUUUUUAAUCAAGAAAGGAGCAAAUGUUAAGCUUUGCGAUCAAAAUGGAUGGGAUGCAUUGUUAUUUGCAUCUCAAAAUGGACUUGAUGAAAUAGUACAACUAAUUUUAAAAACUGGAGGAGAUUUCAAUCGUGUGAAUAGAUACGGAUUGGAUGCAUUAAUGCUUGCAGCUCAAAAUGAAAAGAACAGAACAGUGCAAUUACUACUAAAAAGUGCCUUAGAUUGCAUUGUUUUUAAACCAAACAGAUGGAAGAAAUCAAAAAAUACAUCUGUGAAUUUUUUACAUGAAACCGUAGGGAGCAUAGAACUUCAAACGUAUUUAACAACUUACCUAUCAGAAUUAGUUUUUCUUGCACUUAAAAAAGAAAGCAAGAGUUUGUUAGAAAUAAUAACUUCUUUUGCUGAUGAGCAUAGCUACAUGACUUAUUUUGCGAGAAAUAUCAAGAUCCUUAGUCACCACUGUUUAACAACACUAAAUCAAGGUGUACAAAACGACACUAAUAACGAACUGAGCACUUCAACCAUCCGUGCACAAAACCACGCAGAUUUCCGCAACUUUAAAAGAUCCAUCGAUUGUUAUGUAAAGAUUGUUCUUUUCUGUCGCAACAAUCAGACACCAAGCUAUGAUGUAUUAAAAGAGUUUGUUUGUGAUGUUAUGUUAGAGUUUUCUAACAUGAGAGACUUUGACGCUUUACAUUUCUUCAUAUGUCAGAAGUGUUUGAAGACAAUUUACUCUGCUCUAAAUGCUGAAGAUAAACUGAAGUUUCUUAAACUACUUUUCAAUCUUAACUAUGCGGAAAAGACGAUGCAAUUCUUACAAGAUGAACAUCUUCUAGAUACAACAGCUCCAUAUUUUAGCUUGUCUUUAAUUCGUGACAUGCUCAGUCUAUUGUGGGGCGGUAGUCAUCACAGUUCAGAAUUUGCUUUGCAACUGGCUGAGAAGAACAUCAUCGUUAUAUUUACUGAUUGUCUGACUUCCAUCAAAGAAAUGCAGAAUUCACAUACUUUAUUUAUUACUAAAAACGUAAUCGCUAUUCUGCACAACAUAGCCCGACGAGGAGAAGCGAAGAAAUAUUUUACAAAUAACAUUAUAUUCGAAGCUGUACUGAGCUUAAAAACCAUGUACAAACAGACUCGGUUCACAUCACACCUUUUACUUCUGCUAAUAGAGGAGGAAUGUGGAGCAGAAAAAGAGGCAAUAGAGAAUGUAAAACGAAGUGUCAAAGAAAGUUUACUACAGGCUGUAAGAGGGAACAGAAAAAGUCUUUAUGGUUUUCCACUUUCUGAGCUGCUACAAGGCCUGGGUAAAUUUACAGAACAAGAAGAGGAUUUGAAAGAGAUUAUACCGCUUCUCCCACGCCUAACAGAGAUACUCAAAAAUGAUGAUACAGACGAACAUUUAUUUACAACAAAAUGUAUUAGAGAGUUGAGCAGAAUUCCCGAAGUAAGUCGACGAAUCAUAAUAGACGAAGACUUAAGUGAUUUGUUAAAUAAAUCAUUAAGCCUAGGUAACAAGGACAUAACAGCUAAUGUACAUUCAGCACGAUGGAGAUCUGGCCUUGCAACGGGAAAAACAGACAUCUUAGUGUCUGACGAGUUUCCAAAAGAAUUCAGAAUUGAUCCGACAACUUUGGCAAGCGGUGCUUUUGGUAGUGUCCACUUUGUCGUCGAUAUUUACCGGCCUGAAGAUAUACAAUUUGUUGCAAAGAAAACGUUACGAAAAGUAAAUGACGCAGACAAAUGUAGGGACACUUUUCAACAAGAGGCUUCGAUAUUGAUCAGUCUCAAACACGAGAGGAUUGUACAAUUUCAUGGAUUUCAAAAGACCGAAACUGAAUUAUUCUUAUUUUUGGAGUUUGUUAAAAUGGGUACACUUUCUGCGUUUGUUAAACAACACGCACGAUUAAAUGAAGUUUUGACAAGACGGUUUACAAUACAAAUUCUUGAAGGCGUUACAUAUUUGCAUGAAAAUAAAAUAGUGCAUUUAGACAUCAAAGGAAACAAUAUUUUGAUGGCUGACGAAGCAAACAUAAAACUAACAGACUUUGGUUUGUCGACAAUCCUAAUUGAGGAAAAAGGUGUUGAAGCAGAAAGGGGCACAACUCGAUAUAUGGCACCAGAGAUGAUUAACUGCCCUGAUGGGAGAAUAUUUAGGAACGCUUGUAGUCUUGACAUAUGGAGUGUAGGAAGCACUGUUGUAGAGAUGGUAACUGGCGUACCGCCAAACUCAACUACUGCAUCGGUCAACGUACUAUUUAAAAGAGCAAAUCUUGAGAAGCCUAAAUAUAAUCUACCAGUAGAAUCAUCCAUUUAUUUGCAACAGUUUUUAGAAAAAACACUUAGACCUGAAGCAGCAGAAAGACCGUCUGCAGAAACUUUGCUGAAGGAAGACGCGUUUGUGACUGGUUACAUAUAAUACACUGAUUACAUUAGGUAAGACAUUGGUGUAAUUAUGAUUUUGCUUGGUUAAAUUAACUAUUAUUCUUCAAUGCAUAUUUAAUUACACUUCUAAUUAAGCUACUAUCAUUUAAGGAAUUUGUUAUGUAUUCAACAAACUACUGCAGUUUACUUUUAUUUAGAUUUUAUUUAAUACAGUUUUUCAAUUACAAUUGCAAAAUGUAUAAGUUUAAAUGACUGAGAUAAACCUAUUUUUAUUAAAGGAUUGUCAAAACAUAGCUGUAAUCACACUUUAAUAUAUAGGCUACACUAGUAUUUUUUAAACAAUUAAUUCCUUUAUUUCUUAUCGGUUACUUUAAUUUUUGAUUCAACGAACCUAAAUGUACAAUACUUUCACUUAGUCGGUGUAUCAAUAUCUUAAAUAUUUAAAAACAAACAACUAUAUAAGGGUUGUCCAUAAAUGAUGGCACACGUGUAUGGGGGAGGGGGGUCCGUAAUUUUGUGACGGUGUGUGAUAAGUGUGCGCGGAGGUUCAGAUGGUUUGACGUCACACUUUUACAUUAAUAAAAAAAAAAGCAAUGAUAGAAAACGACUUAAUUUUAGCCGAUAUUUCGUGUAUUAGAAAACUUCUAAAUUGUAAUAGAAAUUGAUGAAAUUCUUUAUGUUAACAGAGUUCAGACAUGUAUUUGGAAAAAAAUAUCGAUGUUUUAAGAAAAAUUCAAUGGCAAUUUUGAGAGGGGGGGGGGGGGAAGGUUGUAGGAUUUAAAAAAACAUGACGUCAUUUCUGUUGGACACCAUAGGCAUACUGUUUUAUAAAUGUGUUCGUGGAUGAUUUUUUUAAAUAACCAGUUAAACAACGCAUAUUGGCUUAUUGUGCAUGAUUAAAUCUAGUGAAAAAUAUUGUGUAAUAUUAAUAACUAUUAUUUCCUUAGUGUAUAUCAAUAUUAACGUAUACUCGUUAUUGAUUUAACUGUAUUGCAACGUAGAGUUAGAUGUAAGUGAAUAAUGUGUUCAAUCCUUAAAAAUUGUUUUAAUUUCAUAUUUAAAAAAAAAAUGUUUAUUAAUUGACUUUAUCGCUUAGUAAUUAACUGUUGACAUACGUUUUUUAUCGAUCAUGUAAAAAUUGUUUCAUAUUACUGCAUUAAUCGUGAUAAAUGAGAUGCAAUGUUUACAUAAUAAUAAUGUUACAGAAAAUAAAGCGUAGCAUUAUUGCCUGAUGAUUAAUUUGUAAUUUGAUAUAUUAACUCAAACAAAUUGCUGCUGUAGCUUUUUAAAACUUUUCUGUUGUUACUGUUAGCUGUGAACUGUAUUUAGCUGUGGUCUAUUUUGUUCUAGUUUUUAGUAAAUUUAUACCUGGACGAAUUAAAAUAUGAACACAUUUACUAUUCUUCAGAAUCUGUGCUUCAUUUCUGUGUUUUAUAUCACAAGAUUGCCCACAUUCAAUUUAAAAAAAAUAUGAGUAGAUGCCUUUGUAGUGUGAGAUAUGUGUUCAGUAUGUCACAUUUUAUACUAUGUAAAAUAUAAUGUGUUACUUGUAUAAUUAAGUGUGUAGAUAUUCAAAUAAAAAUAUUUGUAUUUACCUUUUGUUACCAGUUAGUGAGAGUGUUUACAUAUUAUGUAACCAGUUUGUGAGAGUGUUUACGUAUUAUGUUACCAGUUUGUGAGAGUGUUUACGUAUUAUGUUACCAGUUUGUGAGAGUGUUUACGUAUUAUGUUACCAGUUAGUGAGAGUGUUUACGUAUUAUGUUACCAGUUUGUGAGAGUGUUUACGUAUUAUGUUACCAGUUUGUGAGAGUGUUUACGUAUUAUGUUACCAGUUUGUGAGAGUGUUUACGUAUUAUGUUACCAGUUUGUGAGAGUGUUUACGUAUUAUGUUACCAGUUUGUGAGAGUGUUUACGUAUUAUGUUACCAGUUUGUGAGAGUGUUUACGUAUUAUGUUACCAGUUUGUGAGAGUGUUUACGUAUUAUGUUACCAGUUUGUGAGAGUGUUUACGUAUUAUGUUACCAGUUUGUGAGAGUGUUUACGUAUUAUGUUACCAGUUUAUGAGAAUGUUUACGUAUA